GAAAAGCGAACUUCAGAAAAGGUGGAUUACGGGAUAUAGUGGGUGGAAGACUGGAAGGGAGGCUAUCUCACGUCGGAAAAUGUCGUCGGAACCCCCGCCUUUCCAGGAAGCAUCCCGCUGCGACGUCUGCAAAUGCAGCUUCAGCGCCUUCCGGAGACGGCAUCAUUGCAGAUGUUGUGGGAGGACUUUUUGUGCUGAACACUCCGCAAGCCAGAUGGCCUUACCACAUUUUGGUAUUCAUACACCGACCAGAGUUUGUGCUGAAUGUUUUAAUGAUGCCCCUAGAUUCGUUGGGACCGAAGCACCAUCUUCAUCAGAUGAAGUCAGUAAUAUUGUGGAUUCAGUUUCAAGAUUAAAUGUUGGUCAAGUUUCAGAUGCUGAAAAUGCUCAGUGCGAAAAGCAAUUUUCCAUGCCAAGCAAAUCAGUGUGCAAAUGCGGAAUGCCUUUAUGCAUUUGUGAAGCGCAAGUGGAAACUGGUUCAGUUAGCUUGCAGGAAAGGAUUUUUUUUGUUGAUUAAGUGCAUUUGAACAUAUCUUAUAACCUUACAGUUUUAUUUUCAUUCCAGCAGGGUACAGCUACUUCUGUGGUUACAGUUCAGACAAAUCCAAAACCAAAAAAGGUGAACACAUUGCCAAAGACCAGAGAAUCGUCAUCAAACAAUAAGCAGGGAUUAUUCGGUCUUGGUCAAGUAACAAGUUCUGCUGGUCCGGGACAAAUUCUUGGGGAUUAUGAAGUUAGUGGGGAGGGCAUGAGGGAGGCGAUAAAAAAUGGUGACACAGCUGCUGCUAAGAGACUUUUAAGUCAGGGAGUGGAUGCGAAUUAUCAUGACAAGCAAGGGUCAUCUUUGUUACAUCUGGCAGCUGUUUUUAAUAGAACCGAUAUAGCUUUUGCCCUCAUGGAAAGCGGAGCAAGUUUGCAUUACAAAAAUUCACAAGGUGAGACACCACUAGAUUGUGCCCCAGCCACAUUGCAGUACAAGAUGAAGAAGAAGAUGGAAGAGAAAGAGCAGUGUGGCUAAGUAAUCUGUGAUACAUCUUUCUUUCUUUUUCUUCCCUGAGGUACAUGAAAUGUCAUCUUUGAUCUCGAACGAUGGCAGAGCUUGGUCCUUCCCCUGUGGUUUCAAACUUUUAGUUACGUAUCGGUCUAUGUUCAUGCAAGAAAUGAAUGUGUUCUCAUUUGCUUAACCAUUUGUCUGAAAGUCCCAAUAGGUGGUUGUCCCUUUUCAACAAAAAUAAAUCAAGGGAACCACCCUGGUGUUAUGAAUGUAUAAUGUAUCCAUGUUCUUUAACAACCCGUUCACAUAUGGUUAACAUACGCUGUGAACUGUGCACCUUUUCCAAUUCACAUGUUUUUUUGCGGGUAGGUCGAACGGGUUGAUCUGAAUUUAUUGAGGAUAA